AGCUUUAUGUUAUACUUCCGGGUUAAAUGUUGUUUUGUAGCCAACCUUUUCCGGGUUGAAACCGCUCACAGCUCUUGUACCAAAACAAAAAAUCCCGCGUUUGUUUUCGGUAUGCUUUUAAAAUAAUUAUUUUUGUAUUGAAAUAAAGCUUCACUGUUUAAAAAUGGCGGGUUUGCCACCGGGUGAUCCUCAGUUGGUGUCAAUGAUAGUGAAUCACCUGAAAACACAAGGACUCUUCGACCAGUUUAGGAGGGAUUGCCUAGCGGACGUCGACACCAAGCCUGCGUACCUGAACCUGAAGCAAAGGGUGGACAACUUUGUCUCCAAUCACCUGUCCAACCACACAUGGAGCCCCCAGUUAAACAAAAACCAGCUGCGAAACAACAUCAGACAGCUCGUGCUGCAAUCCGGGAUGCUGGAGCAAGGGGUGGACAGAAUCGUGGCCCAGGUGGUGGACCCCAAAGUCAACCACAUCUUCAGGCCGCAGGUGGAGAAGGUGGUCCAUCAGUUUCUUUCGCCUGGCACCAGCAGUGAGGAGCUGCCACCACCCCCGCCACCACCGAUUCCCUUAACGGAGAACAAAGCGGAUGCUAUUGUUCCUCAACAGGCCUCAUUGUCCACUCCGACGUCCACCUCGGCCACCAACGCCAUGUCCAUCCUUGAUGCCAUCACUUCUCUCAGCCAGGAGGCCAACGUCAGGACCACAGAGAAGGUCCACAGAGCCUCCGAUGGGCCCAUAGAGGAGGGUGAGUUGGGCACGAGUGCGGAUGACGACGGAGACGGGAAGACGGCGGAGGACGGUGCCGAAGAAGCAAAAGCGGCAUCUGAGAUGCAGCAGUCGGAGGCCAAGACUGAUGACGCCGCUGCAGAUCAGAUGGAAGUGGCGAAGGAGAUCCCCACAGAGCAGCCAAAGAUGGAGGAUGAAGGAACUAUAGGCGAAGACCAAGCUGAAGACAAACCCAAAGCGGCCAGUAAAACAAGCAGGAAACUUUCUGAAGAGGGGAAUUCCAGCCAGGCCAAGGAGAAAGCCAGGGAAAAGAUAAAGGAAGAGUAUUCUUUGGAGGAUUCUGACUUGGACGGCCUGAGUGACAUCACAGUAAGCUCUGUACACACCAGCGACCUGUCAUCCUUUGAAGGGGAAAGCGAAGAUGACGCGCCACUGUCUGAUUCCUCCGAGGAGGGCGAGCACACAACGGAUGGUGUCAAAUCAGACAAGAGAGACGCGAGCGGCGACACGGGAGACGAAGGCAAAGAGGGUAAACCACGACGCAAGGCUUACGUCCACAAGCCCUUCCUGUACUCGCGUUACUACAGUGACUCAGAUGAUGAGGUCACCGUGGAAGAAAGGCGGAGAUCUGCAGCAAAGGACAAAGAGGAACGUCUGCUCAAAAGGCAGCAAAACCGAGAGCGAAUGGAAGAGAAGCGCAAACAGAAAGCAUCACAGUCUGAAGAGCAAGAUCAGAAGAAGAAGAAGAGUGGCCAGCCUGCUGGUCUCCAGAAACCCCAAGCUAAGGAAGCCCGCAAAGAGCAGAAAGUUCUGGAGAAGAAAAUGGCCCUGAGCAGAAAGCGUAAGCUUGACUUGAGGAAAGAGAGCGACGUGACCAGCAAGAAAAAAGCAGAUGCAGGAGAAACAUCUAAAAAAACAGAGGUGAAAACCACACCAUUGCGCAGCCACCAACACAAACUGGUACGAAACCUGUCCGAGUCGUCUGACGAGAGGCACUCCAGGAUGAGCACCAACGUCUCAGAAGACCCCGGCGAUGCCAAGAAGCUGCCUGAUAAAAGCCGCACGCACUCUUUCAUCUUGGACCUGGAGCUGGGCUCGCUGGAGGCUCUCAGGCAGCGCUCUGUCAACAAGUUCGACCGGCUGUCACGCAAGGAGCGCAAAGAGAAGGAGCGCGGCGUGCCAGAGGAGCCGCCCAAGCUCAGACAGAAGCAGGAGAAGAAACCAGAGCCUCUGCUGAAUGAGUCCCAGCAGAAAGAUGGUGCUCCUAUGAAGGUGUCCUCUGAUGAGAAGAAGCCCAAAGUGAAAAAUGAGAAGAAAACCACAAAGGAGGCAGACGAAGCUCCUAAAGAUGCCUCCACCAAGAGAAUGAGGGCUCAGUCUGUUGAGGUGACCAAAGCAGAGAAGGACAAAAGUAGAGAUAAGGACAAGGAAAAAGACAAAAUGAAAGAGAAAGACAAAGUCAAAGGAGAGAAAACGGCUGCAAAAAGCGAUUCCAAGCUGCUUCUCCUCCGGCCCGAAACGUCUACCGCCUCUGAGGACCGGCCUGAGGUGGGACCAGGCACAGACGGCAGCAAGAAGAAAGAGAAACACUCCAAAGACAUCCUGAAGAGGUCCAAGAGCCACAGCGAGGAGCGACAAGUAGACAAAUCCAAAGCGAAAGCGGACAGCAGAGACAAAGACAGGACCAAAGUCGAGCAACCCAAUAAACCUGAGAGCGACAAGUCCCCGAAAAGAGUCAAGCCUGCAGACAAAGGAAAAACCACGGAGAAAUCCAAAUCCAAAGAGGAUCCAAAGUCGUUGUCAAAAAUGGACAAGAAAGCUCACAGUUUGGACGCCCGAGGAGCAUCAGGUUCAAGCAAAGGUGAGAUAACAAAACUCAAGAAGAAGGAGGGAAGUGUGAAGGAACAGAGAAGACCAUCUGAGGAGCCUGGCAUGAAGACCGCAAAGAAAAAAACGGACAAGAAAGAGAAAGUUCUGGAGAAGAAAGCAUCCCGUGAAGACAAAGCAGAGAGGAGCUCUGUGGAUGUUGUGCCAGAGGAGGAGCAGAAGACGUCUGUGGUCAAAGACGACUCGGAACCCGUCACUAAUGACGACACCUGCGACACGACCACCGAGAUGCCAGCCGUGCCUCCAGAGGCCGACGCCCUGCUGACGCUCAUGGAUGUCUGCGCCUCGGCCAUGGAUGCCAGGCUCCCUACGGCAGCGGGGGAUGGAGAGCGCCCCCCCACAGAAGCAACACUUCAGGACGCCGACAUGAAGAUGAAAGAGGCGGCCCUCACGCUGCUUUCCAUGGACCCUGACAGCGCACUCUCCCCUGGCUUCAUGAGGCAGGAGGUGGCGCCACCUGCUGGGCAGCCACAGGAGGGCGCCGUGGAACAGCAAGAACCACAAGAUCCAAACGUAGCUGCUGAGUUGUCACCUGAUAAACCCAACAACAAAGAGACAUAUUUAAUCCACGAGAGUGAAAUGUCUGCAACGAGUGUUGAAACAUCUCCUAAGGACGUCGACACCAAGUCACAUGACCUCCAGACCCCUCCGAAUGAGAACGUGUCCAAAGCUGCAGAGAUGGCAUCUGAUGCGCAGCCAGCAGCCGCCGUUGAAGAUGUUCCUGAAGCCAUCACAGAAAACAUGGAGGAAAACACAUCUUGUGAUACACCUGCCACACAAGAGCAAAGUGAGGUUGCAGACACAAACACCAAAGCCAAAGAAGCGUUUGCCGAGGAGGAGCAGAUGGAUCUCAGUGAGAGUGAUUCUGGCAUGAAGACACAGGAAGAAGAAACCUGGGAAGUCAGCGCUCCUCCCACAGACGUUACAAAAAGGACAGAACCAGACUGUGGAAAUGAAGAGGCCAAACAAGCCAGUGUCAUCGCCAUCUCAGACGUCCAGGAGUCAGACAUGUUGGAGAAGAAGCCUGAAGGACGAGGAGGACGGAAAAGGAAGAGGUCCAGUCAGAACAUUGCAGCAGCGAUUGAAAGCAGUAAUAAUGCUGACACAAACCAGGAUGUAAAGGAACCGUCUUCUGAGGAAACUACCGUGGAGGCGGUGGUCACAUCACCACGCAGGGGCCGAUCUUGUAAAAUAGAGGAAGAUCAGCAGCCCAAAGAAUUAGAGAAUAUGGAGCCAACUCCAAGUCGCAGAGGGAGACGCUCAACAGCAAAAGCCGAUAACCUGAGCAGAGACGAGGAGAACGCCCACACAUUGUCGCCAUCAAGCUCCACAGAGAAGGAGCAGAAAAUAGUAGAGGGAAGUGGAGCGAUAUCUGACGGGCUUCAAGAAAGUGAGGCCGGUGUGUCGUCUCCUCCUACAGGAAGUUCCGCCCACCAGGAAAGCACUGAAACAGAUGAGCCAGCAGCCAAGAAGAGGAGGUCAAAGGAGACAGACCAAUCUGUGGAGGUGAGCUAUGUCGAGGAAGUGCAGCUGAACAAGGACACCGGAGAGGAGGCUGUUAAGGACACUAGUGGAAACAUCAUGGAGGAUGCAAGUGAAGGAGCUGUGAAGGAUGCCAACGAGACAGCUGCGAGGGACACCACUAGGGAGAGCAUUGAGGACAUAGAGGAGGAGUCAUCUAAGGACACAUAUGAGGAGGUUGUGAAGGCUACAAGUGACGACGUCAUAGAGGACACAAAUAAAGAGCCCAUGAUGGACAUCAAUGAGGAGGCGCUAAAGAACAUCAAUGAGGAGGUUGUAGAAGAUAUCAAUAAGGAGCCUUUAAAGGACACAAGCGAGGACCUUGUAAAGAAUAAAAGUGUGGAUCGAAGGAUGGACACAAGUGAGGAGGUCAUGAUGGACAUCGGUAAGGAAGACGCUUAUGAUGAGCUUCCUGUGGACACAAAUGAGGCUGCAAAGGACAGAAGUGGACAAGACAAAAGCGAGGAGGCUGUAAAAGAGACACGUGAGGGAAAGGUUAAAAGUGAGGGGUCCAUCAAGGAGACGAGCGAAGAGGAGUCCGUAAAGGAGACGAGCGAAGAGGAGUCCGUAAAGGAGACGAGCGAAGAGGAAUCCGUAAAGGAGACAAGCGAGGAUGUAGUAAAGGAGACAAGCGAGGAUGUAGUAAAGGAGACAAGCGAGGAUGUAGUAAAGGAGACAAGCGUGGAUGUAGUAAAGGAGACAAGCGAGGAUGUAGUAAAGGAGACAUCCGAGGAUGAGUUCGUAAAGGAGCCAAGGGAGGGGGAGGCCGUAAAGGAGCCAAGCGAGGAUGUAGUAAAGGAGCCAAGCGAGGAUGUAGUAAAGGAGCCAAGCGAGGAUGUAGUAAAGGAGCCAAGCGAGGAUGUAGUAAAGGAGCCAAGCGAGGAUGUAGUAAAGGAGACAAGCGAGGAUGUAGUAAAGGAGACAAGCGAGGAUGUAGUAAAGGAGACAAGCGAGGAUGUAGUAAAGGAGCCAAGCGAGGAUGUAGUAAAGGAGCCAAGCGAGGAUGUAGUAAAGGAGCCAAGCGAGGAUGUAGUAAAGGAGCCAAGCGAGGAUGUAGUAAAGGAGCCAAGCGAGGAUGUAGUAAAGGAGACAAGCGAGGAUGUAGUAAAGGAGACAAGCGAGGAUGUAGUAAAGGAGCCAAGCGAGGAUGUAGUAAAGGAGCCAAGCGAGGAUGUAGUAAAGGAGCCAAGCGAGGAUGUAGUAAAGGAGCCAAGCGAGGAUGUAACGGAGGUACAAAGUGAUGAGAAGACACACGAGGAGAACGUUUCUCCCUCAGUGAGUCUAUCUAAAGGAAAUGAGGAAGUGGACCAACAGCAAGGAUUCACCCCAAAGAAGCCCGGUCGUAGGGGACGACCCCCCAAAGCAGCAGUCCUCGCAGAUGACCCAGAUAAAAAGGAGAAAACAUCAGAAGCCGAAAAGGAGCCGACUGAGUACGACGAAGAGGAGGUGGAGGAUGACGGUGAGAAGGACGAGGACGGGAAAGGGACGGCAAGCAGAGCGACAACACGCUCAGCCUCUCGCCUGGAAGCUGAAAGAAAUAAGCCGAGCAAACCAUCCACACGUGCCAGUCGUCAGAGCGGGAAAGACGAGACGGCGGCGGCUGGACCACGUGGGACCAGAGGACAGGGGAUCACCACUAAGGGUCCUCGCAAACGGGAGGCCAGCCCCCCCGCUGGCCGAACGCGAGGAGGACAGAAGAUGGAGGAGACCCCGUCCAAGCGAGGAAAACGAUGAUGUCUCAGACUGACAGGAGACUUUUGCAGGUUCUUACAGAGCCCCGAGCGGUCGACUCUGGUUUGUAUGAAUACGUGUUUGCCAGCACUCUGUGUCUUCAAGUUCUGGUUCUGGUUUUGUUUUGAGGUGGACUGAACUCACAUUUAGCGACAUUAGCUGACAAACCCAGUGUUACAUAGUUACAUAUUCAUUCUGUGAAUGACAGUGAAAUAUGUUUUAAUCUAUACUUUUUAUACGCUUUUUUAAACCUCCAUCAUGACUGAUUUGUUAUGAUAAACAACCUCUUCCUAGUGUCAAGCAAGUCUCCUAUUUUCUUUUCAUUUUAUUACCCACUUCAUCAAUUACUGCUAAUGGUUUUAUUUUUACUAUGGCUCCCUCUUGUGGUCAGAUACCCACAUCAUUACCCACUUUGAUAGAAAGACAGCCUUUCCGAUGUUAUGACCGUAUUAUAUUAUUCAUUCAUUCAUUUUCUACCGCUUAUCCUCACAAGGGUCGCGGGGGUGCUGAAGUCUAUCCCAGCUGUCUUCGGGCGAGAGGCGGGGUACACCCUGGACUGGUGGCCAGCCAAUCACAGGGCACAUAUAGACAAACAACCAUUCACACUCGCAUUCAUACCUAUGGACAAUUUGGAGUCGCCAAUUAACCUAGCAUGUUUUUGGAAUGUGGGAGGAAACCGGAGUACCCGGAGAAAACCCACGCAUGCACGGGGAGAACAUGCAAACUCCACACAAAGACGGCUGAGGGUGGAAUUGAAUUUGGGUCCCCUAGCUAUUAGGCCUGCACGCUAACCACUAGGCAACCGUGCAGCACCGCCCUGUAUCAUAUCAUUAUUUAUUUCAAUUAUAGCCUUCCAACAUAAUUUUAUACAGCUUUUAAGCACACAUCCACAUAGUAGAAUAUUAGAUAGUAGAAUGUCUGUAUUGAGUACAUGAUGUUUACUCGAGUCAAAGAUCCUCUAUAUAACCUACUUCCCAAAAUGGGAAUCAAAGAUGCACUAUAUAAUAGGGACUUUUCCGUUUUUUUAGGGAACCAACUGCAAAAACAAUCAUAGCCUAAGAUAUUCUAUAUGAAAGACAACUGCUGCCAAAAAUGCUUUCCCAUAAUGUAAGUCAAAGACCCACUCACUAUAGGAUGGCACCUUUCUGCUGUUUUUGAAAACCUGCUGCCAAAAUUGCUGUUUUUGAGAGUGUACUGCCAAAAUCACUAGUUAGAGAUUCUCUAUAUGGCUGGAGCAUUCUGCUGUUACUACUAUUCCAAAAAAAGAAUACUAGUAUUAUACAGUGGCGUGAAAAAGUGUUUGCCCCCUUCAUGAUUUCUUUUUUUUUUUCAUGGUUCUCACACUUAAAUGUUUCAGAUCAUCAAACAAAUGUAAAAAAAACAACAACAAAAAAACACACAUACACACAAAAAAUUACCCCAAGUGCACAGUGACGCCUCAUCAAAGAGGUCACAAAAGACCCCACAACAACAUCUGUAAAAAGAAUAUCAUACCAACAGUAAAAUAUGGUGGUGGUAGUGUGAUGACCCCAUUGUAUGUUCAUUUCAUUUAUUCAUUUUCUACCGCUUAUCCUCACGAGGGUCGCAGGGGUCGCUGGAGCCUAUCCCAGCUGUCUUCGGGCGAGAGGCGGGGUACACCCUGGACUGGUGGCCAGCCAAUCACAGGGCACAUAUAGACAAACAACCAUUCACACUCACAUUCAUACCUAUGGACAAUUUGGAGUCACAAAUUAGCCUAGCAUGUUUUUGGAAUGUGGGAGGAAACCGGAGAACAUGCAAACUCCACACAGAGAUGGCCGAGGGUGGAAUUGAACCAUGGUCUCCUAGCUGUGAGGUCUGCGCGCUAACCACACGACCGCCGUGCAGCCCCCCAUUGUAUGUUAUACUAUAUAAUAAUCUUCCAUAUGUACGUAUAUACAUACAUGUAUACAGUAUAUACCUGUAUAUUCUGAGCUGGAUUGAUUGAGCAGGUGCUCGCCUUUUAGUCCAAUGCCGGAUAUGCAUUAAUAGUCUUGUUAUCGUCGUGUAAAAUCCGCCAUGUUGUGACAUGAAUUGAAUGGCUUCCAACUAAAAGCUUUGACUGAAGUGUUCAGUCUUCCUCUGGCACACUUUAAAGGCCGCUUCCCUUUUUCUCCAGCAUUGAGCUUGAUUGACUUUGUCAUCCA